CGAGCAAGAAAGUCGUGCUCACUACUUCCGGUCGAGUUCUGAAUGACGAUUUUACAUUGUUUGCCUCUUCGCUAGGCAGGAGGUCCACACUUGUUUCAGGGAGAGGAAGCCCUUGAAAGCAGUCACCAUGCCUAUGUUUGUUGUAAGCACCAACGUGGCCAAGAGUGAAGUUCCAGCGGAGCUUCUGUCCGAGGCUACAGAGGAACUGGCCAAAGCUAUAGGCAAACCUGCACAGUACAUCGCUGUGCACAUCAACCCGGACCAAUUGAUGAUGUUUGGAGGAAAAGGUGACCCCUGCGCUCUCUGCUCCCUCCACAGCAUUGGCAAGAUCAGUGGAGCUAACAACAAGAAAUAUUCCAAACUCAUGUGUGGACUUCUCAACAAACACUUGGGAAUUUCUCCAGACAGAAUUUAUUGUAACUUUGUUGACAUGGAGCCAGCCAAUGUGGGCUGGAACAACUCAACCUUUGCCUAAGAUGAAGCACAUCUUACUGAAAUUGUAAAACCAUUCCAGUUUUUCCUCAUGCUUGUGAGUACAAAAGCCCUUAUAGAAGGAACCUGAAGACUUGAUAAACCAUUGGUCAACACUGUACAGUUGUCUUUAAAGUACUUAGAAGAACUCUAUAGGUCUGUACUAUGUCUUACCCAUCUUGAAUCCAAUAAAGUCACGGAAACAUUA